ACUGAAACUGCGUCGCCGGAACGAGGGGAUGGAGUCGAACGAGUCCUCGUACGUGUCGUCGCCGGAGCUCGGGCCGAAGCGGUCUUCGCCGCCGCCGCCCAAAUCCCCGACCUCAGAUUCUUUGGAGAAGCCGACAUAUGUUAGGUUUCUUGUGUCAAAUGCUGCAGCUGGAUCAGUUAUUGGAAAGGGUGGUUCAACAAUUACUGACUUUCAGUCACAGUCCGGAGCACGUAUUCAGUUGUCACGUAAUCAAGAAUUUUUUCCUGGGACAACUGACAGGAUUAUUAUGAUAUCUGGUCAAAUUGAUGAUGUGCUGAGGGCAGUAGAACUCAUUCUGUCGAAAUUGCUAAGCGAGAUUCAUCUUGAAGAGGGCAAUGAUGUUGAUCCAAAAACAAAAGUGAGACUAAUCGUUCCAAAUAGCUUCUGUGGUGGCAUAAUUGGCAAGGGAGGAGCCACGAUAAAGUCAUUUAUUGAGGAGUCCCAAGCCGGUAUCAAGAUAUCUCCUCAGGAUAAUAAUUAUUAUGGGUUGAACGAUAGGCUAGUGACCGUGACAGGCACUUUAGAUGAACAAAUGCGAGCAGUUGAUCUGAUCCUGUCGAAGCUAUCAGAAGAUCUUCACUAUCCACAGUCUGUUAAUGUGCCAUUUUCAUAUGCAGGUGUUUACUUCUCCGGUUUUCAUGGUACUCCCUAUACACAUGUACUUCCUUCUGUUGCAACAGCAGCAUAUAACGGGGUGAACUAUGGACCAGCUGGAGCUGGAGGGAAGUUUCAGAAUAACAAGGAAGAUCGAAGUAACUCGAUGACUAUUGGCAUUGCAGAUGAGCACAUUGGAAUGGUGGUUGGUCGAGGUGGACGGAAUAUCAUGGACAUCAGCCAGGCUACUGGGGCCAGGAUAAAGAUAUCAGAUAGAGGUGAUUUCAUGUCUGGGACAACUGACAGGAAAGUCACAAUCACGGGGUCGCAGAGAGCGAUUCGUGCAGCCGAGGCCAUGAUUUUGCAAAAGGUUGCACAUGCCUCGGAGAAAGGCGUGAAUUAGCUCUCAAGUUCCAUCCAUUGUUGUAGAAAAAAUUUGUGGACCCUCCUUCAGUUUGCCCACAAGUUCGCUGAUUUUUUAAAAUCCCUUGUGAUCUAAUUCGAUGGCAGGCGAUGCACGAGUCAUCAUUGGAAGAAUGAGAUCGGGAAGUUCUUUUUGGAGAGUUCGUUCUUUUUCAAAAUAGUAUCUGCUUAUUUAAGUCAAAGCAAAUUGUUGUAGGAAAUUCGUGUUGUUUCUUUCCCCAAAUCGAACAAUUAACUUGGCUUUCGAGCAGGUUAUUCUCUAUCUAAAGUGGUACAUCUCCUAGAGUUACUAUUUUAAGGAAAGACAAUGGCAGAAGAAAAGUUGAGAAUUCAGAGUACAA